GAGUCGAGUCUCAGUCUCUAGCAGAGGUCAGUCGAGUGACGAGUCGAGUGACGAGUCUCAGUCGCGUUCAAAAUGGAGGCAAAUGUGCGUGCCACCGAGAGAAGACAAACAACAACAAUAACUCCAUCCCAACCUUCUCAUGAAGCACAAAGUAACCCCGUUGCCGCCAAACGUUUAUUGAUUUGCAGAUCAAUCACUUUCCUUCUCAUCUACAUCAAAGUAAUAGCAUCAUGCCGCCCCAUGGAAGCACUCUUCAUCGUCCAGCUACGCCUCCUGGUGUGCCACCACCUGAAGCCUAUCACGAAAAGUCCAAGCUUUCGUUUGGGGUAGUCUGUUCUUCGAAUAUCAAUCGUUCCAUGGAAGCCCAUUUGGUUUUGGGCAAUGCAGGGCUACGGGUAGAAAGCUAUGGAACUGGUUCCCAAGUCCGUCUACCAGGAAGAUCUGCGAUGGAACCACGCAUCUUCAAAUUUGGAACGCCCUACGCCGACAUGUACGGAUCACUGUCGGCCACUCCCGAAGACACUGCCUUUUUCCAGCGCAACGGAGUGCUGCAACUGUGUCGUCGUGGAGCUGCGGUCAAGCGAGCCCCUCAGCGGUGGCAAGAUGAAUCGUCUGAGUAUGUUGGACAACAUGAUGUGACAAUCUGCUUUGAAGAGCGUAUCUUUGAUGCCGUCAUUGAAGAUUUGCAAAUGCGAGAACCCACGCAAGACUUUGAACCGAUUCAUGUCAUUUGUUUGGAUACCAAAGAUAAUCCCCAUGAAGCCGCGAGACAAGGACAAGUGGCACUGGAUUUGUGCUGGCGUUUGGAAGCAGCUGCAGAUGAUUUGAUUUUCCGAGCCGCAGAGAUUGUAGAGGAAUUUCAAGAAGAGCGCAUGUCUCAUACUCCCAUCAAGGUCCUGUACCAACUGUGUUAUCUAUGAGGUUUAUGAUACUAUGAUACUGAUAUGGUCAUCCAUAUUGACCAGCCAAACAAUCUACUCGUAAAAACUCUCCGAUCAGUUGGCUACGUUUUACACUGUAGUCUAGUUUGUUGGUAUCAAUUGAAAGCUAGUAAGGUAUCAUUCUAAAGGGGCCAAGACACGGAAGCAAUCCUCUUCAUGUACCGUAGUAGAUUCGUACCAGCAGCAGCUUGUAGUACAUGGCUGGUGGCAGUCGCAGCAUAUCUUCCAAAGCCUCCCUGUAGAAGUGUGCCGGUAGUAAGAUAGAAUGCUUUUGGUUGCCGCCUUCGAACUCUACUACCAAUGUAGCCGUCCUGACCCCGAUGCUCAAGUCAAUCGUUUCUAAUUCUAUCCAGGUUGGUUGGUCGUAAUCAAAUAAAUGAACUCUUUUCCCCCUGCUGUACCAGACUACUGUUUGGAAACAACAAUUUAGCUUUGUCUCCACCUUUUGGCCAAUUGCGCCAUCGUACUGUACAGCACAGGUAAUUCCGGUAAUAUUUAAGCUCUGUUGGUUUACUUUCUCUUCCAUUUG